ACUAUUCCCCUUCUUCUAUCUGUGCCCUUGUAAUACGAUUUUACAGAUUUUCCCGUCAAACAGUGGACUCUUUUCUACCCUGUGAAUCUGAGUUGGCCACGCAACUUGAUUUGGCCUGUGGGACAUUAGCAAAUGUGAUAAUGCACAGGCUUGAACAUUUGGGCAUUGGGGUAUACCAUUUUUCUGAUCUAUGGAACCUUGCAACUGCUAUCAUAUAGAUGGUCUUGGACUAGCUUGUUGGAUGAUAGACACAUGGCCUUGUUACUCUCAUCACUCUAAAGCCGACAACCAGCCACCACUAGACAUGUUUGUAGGACCACUGACUGCCAGCUGAUCACAGAUGCAUCAAUGAGUCCUGCUGAGAGAAGAACUUCCCAGCUAAGCCCAUCCCAAAUUGGCAACCCACAGAAUUGUGAACAAAUAAUUGACUACCAUUUUAAGCCACUAAGUUUUAAGAAAAUUUCUAUGCAGCAAAAACCAACUGAUACAUUCUUUUUUGGUAUCCCUUUGACUCUAUUCCAAGGGAACUCCAUAUUGAGCCCUGCCUGUCUCUACUUGGCUCUGCAAAGUUUCAGGGAGAGGCCAGUGGUAUCUAGGGGUUAGAGAGAGGAUGACAUAGUAUGGGGACAAUGUGACAUGAGAGGAUGCCAUGGGGUGGAGCCAGUGUGACAUUAGAGCAAGAGUCAAUGUGACAUGGGGGAAGACUCAGCUUGUUAGGUGAGGGGGAUCUGUAGCUCAGAGAGGAGGGAGUUUAUUUGAAAGUUGAGGGCUAUUAAUGUCACACAGAGAGGUGAAGAUCAGCCACACUAAGUGAGGACAGCUUCCAGGAGACCAGGUUUGUUGUAGUUCACUCCCUUCCCAGAUCUUCUUACUGCAAGAGAGCAUGGAGAUCACAGAUAUGAACCGCCUCUUUCUAGUCUUCAGCAUUCUGACAGUGACUGUGGUAACAAUAAUUGUAAUACCAACACCAACACAAGUAAAAUUAGCCCAGCAAUUCAACCAGAUGAGCAUAGAAACUGCACCAACCUUUCUGGUUUUCCUGAACUCAGAAUAUGAGCCUUGUUUGGGGACCCUGAUCCACAAACAGUGGGUUCUCACUGCAGCCCACUGCUUCUUACCAUUUCUUGAGAUAAACGUUGCGGCUUCAAAAGAGAAUUUUCAAAACAAGAUGGGGAACUUAAGACCCACAUUUAUUGUCCAACACCCAGAUUUUACCCGGGAUUCUGCUGAGCAUGACCUCAUGCUCAUCAAGCUGAAUCAUCCCCUAGAGCUCAAGGAUCAGGUCAAGCUGGUGGUUCUACCUAAUACCACGAAUGACAGAAGAGGGGAAAAGUGCACUGUCUCUGGCUGGGGCUGGGAAUGGAGGAAUUUCAACCCAGAACCUGAUAUCCAGAUAAACCAGACUGUCUUUUGGUUUUCUAAUGAUGACUGCCAAGAGUCCCUUGUAAGACAAAUUCCUAUUAAAAUCACAGAAAACAUGUUCUGUGCAGGAUCAUCUCUGGAGAACACACACUCAUGUAAGGAAUUAGAUGCUGUCCCAAUCCUGUGCCAAAAUCAGCUCCAUGGGAUCCUAUCUUGGUCAGCAGGGUGUAUUUUGAAAGGUGAUAUUGGCUACUACACCAAGGUGUCCCGCUAUACAGACUGGAUCCACAAAGUUAUCCACAGCAACUGAGCUCUCUCUGUUCCCUCUCCCAGUGGCCUCAGAACUGGGUCUACCAUCCUUGACCCUCUUUUCCCUUUAGCCUCAGAACAAGAUGGGAAUAGAACCUUUAGCUAUAAGAAAUUUUCGGUUCCUUCUAUUAUUUUGACUUCUCUUAUCCUUUUUCAGUCCUAGCCUGAUCACCAAAGGAUUUGAGCUGGAUAACGUUCUCCUAAAUAAGCUACCUUCUCACCACUCUUUUCCUCUCCUCCAACUUCCUACUCACCUGCAAUGGUUUCCGCAGACUUUUAUGGAGAAGUUCUUCUCCAGCCCCUGCCAUCCAGAGGACAUAUGGGUCCCAGAAAUGUGACAGUGAGAUGUGGCAGCUUUAGGGUGUCUCCUUUGUUUCACAUCACUUAGUGCUGAGUCAGGCCUCUGUGUCAGGCCUGUGUCCUCUCAUCAUACCCAUCAUACCUAAUAAGGCUCAGUAAAUAUUGCAAUGUUAAGUAGGCUGCUGGCAAAUAAUUGUUAGAAAUAGAGGUUAGAAUUUUAUGCUAACAAGAACUAUAAGGGUUUCAGAAAGGGUUAGGAGUUGAAGCAGAAGUAGGUACAGAGAGGAAUUAAAUGGGUCAGAUCUCCUGACAGAUCUUUCCUAAUGCUAAGCACAGAAAAAUAAGGUAAAUGGCUAGAAAGAGAAUGCUAGAAGGAUAAUAAGGAAAUGCUGAAAUCUAGGUGAGUAUAACUGUGUUUGUGUGUGUUUGCGAGUAUGCACAUGUACAUUUGUGUGUAUAGAUUAGUGGGAGUGUGGCAAAUAAUGAUCUCACUGAACCAACCAAAAUCUAUCGUAUACCAGUUCAGCUGAUUUUCUCCAAAUCCUGCAUUCACUUGUUCUUAUCCUACCUUUAUCAAUUAUCAGAUUUUUAAAAACCAUUGAUAUAGGUCCUAAUAACAUUUUAUUUUGAAAUUGUUUAGGAUAAAAAAUUGUAAAAAUAUUACAAGAGAGUUUCUGUGUACCCAAUCUUGCCCCAAUGAUAAUAUUUUCUCUAACCAUAAUAAAAUGCCAAAAUCAGGAAAUUCACAUUGGUACAAUGCUGUUCAAUCAAAUUCAGAUUUUAUUUGGAUUUCACCAGUCUUUCUUUACAUACACUCGUUUUGAAUGGUGAAAUUUGAAAUCUUACUGCAUGCAUAGAUUCCGUAACCAUUACCACAAACAGGAUCCAAAACUAUUCUAUCACCCAAUCACCAGAAAGAAACUUCUUUGUGUUACACUUUAAUACACUUCUCCUGGGACAUCUGGGUGGCUCAGUUGGUUAAGCAUCCAACUUCGGCUCAGGUCAUGAUCUCACACUCCGUGAGUUUGAGCCCCGUGUCUGGCUUUGUGCUGACAGCUCAGAACCUGGAGCCUGCUUCGGAUUCUGUGUCUCCCUCUCUCUCUGCCCCUCCCCCGGUUGUGCUGUGUGUCUCUCUCUCCCUCUUUCUCUUUCUCAAAAAUAAAUAAACAUUAAAAAAUAUUUUUUUCAAUAAUAAUCACACCUUCUCCUGACCCUAACCCUUGCAACCACUGAUCUAGUCUCCAUCACUAUAAUUUUGUCACUUCAAGAAUGUUCUAUAGCAUGCAAUCUGUAUAAUUCCACUGAUCUUUUUUUCAUUCAUGAUGUUCCAAGAAUCCUUUCAUUGCCAUUUCCUUUCUAUCUGAAUAGUUUUUCAGCCAUUCUUUUAAAGCAAGUCUGCUGGUGAUAAAGCCUCUCAGUGUUUCUUCACCUUCUUUCUUGAAGGAUAUUUUUUACGGGAUAAAAAAUUCUGGGUUGACAAUGUCUUUCUUUCAGAACUUGGAAAUUGUUUGCCUCUUCCUUCUGUUCUUCAAGGAGGGGAAAUCUGCUAUCAUUUGAUUCAUUGUUCCCCAGUUGGGAAUGUGUUGUUUCUCUCUGGCUCUGGCUGCUUUCAAAAGUUUUUCUUUGUUUUUCCUUUUCAGAGAUUUGAUUAUGACAUGUCUGUGUGUGAAUCUUUAAAAGUUUAUUCUGCUUGGGGUACAUUCAGUUUCUUGAAUCUGUAGGUUUAUGUCCUUCACCAAGUUUGAGAAGUUUGAGCCAUUAUUUCUUCAAAUAUUUUUCAGCUCAGUGUUCUUUUUCUUCUCCUGAAACUUUGAUAACACGAAUGUUAAAUCUUCUGUUACUAUCCCACAGGUCCCUGGGGAUCCAUUCAUUUUUAAAAUAUCUCUUUUCCAUCUGUUGUUCAUAUUGAUCAUUUCUAUUGCUCUAUCUUCAAGUUCACUGACUCUUCUGGCUUGCCAAUUUUGCUAUUGAAUUCAUUAUUUUAAUUAUGUUUUAAUUUUCUAUAUUUAUGAUACUUUCACAUCUUAGGAGUCUUGCUGGAUAGGAAAAGACUGCCCUCCCAGAGCUAACUAGUUCCUGGAGGUAGUGACUCAGUCUACCACAUUCUUUUUAUAUGCAAACCAACCAAUCCAGAUCUGUACCUCAACCACUUCCUUUAACAUUCAUACACUAAGCCAAUGUUUCCCCUGCUCUAAAUCACCCUGGGUCCAGGUACUGAACAACUAGAGAUCACCAUGAUAGCUCAGAGUCUGCUAAAAUUAUUCCAACUAUUUGAUCCUAAACCUGCUUCUACUUGACUACCCUGCGUCACCCAUUCCUUCUUUCAGAAACCACAAUAAAGACUCAUACCUAUGCUUCCCUCUUGCCCCUCCUGCCUCCUCACUGACCCUAGUACUUCCUCAUGUAGCCCUACAUGGCUGGGCAUGCUUCUUAAUAAACUCUUCUUUUUUUAAAAAAAAAAUUAAGGUUUAUUUAUUUUUGAGAGAGAGAAAGAGCACGUGGGCAGGGGAGUGGCAGAGAGAGAGGGAGAUACAGAAUCCGAAGCAAGCUUCAGGCUCUGAGCUGUCAGCACAGAGACUGACAUGGGGCUUGAACCCACAAACCACAAGAUCAUGACCUGAGCCGAAGUUGGAGGCUUAACUGACUGAGCCACCCAGGUGCCCCUAAACUCUUUCAACAGCAUUGACUUGUCAGUGUUAUCAUUCAGUAACUUCUAAAAAUUAAGUCCUAGGUUCAGUUAGAACACCUAUCUAAUGAAUUUUUUAUUUCAGUUACU